CGGUCGGCGCGCGGCAGGCGGUGCCGUCGGCGUCUGGCGGCCAGCCGGCAGGCGCUGGCAGCCUCCCUAGCGCCCGCGGUUCGGUUACGCCGCCCGAAAUAGGCACCGGCACUGGAAUCUUCGCCGCGUCGGCGUCUGGCACCAGCGGGGCCUGGAGAGGGCGGCGGCAGUGGCGUCCGUCCGCAGAGCGCCGCAGCCCGCCGCCGCGACACGGACACCUCGCGGGGACAGUGAUAACAUAGUGGGGAGACGCACUCCGCGAGAUACCGGACCAGCCAGCGGACCAGCAGUGACUGAGGGUGAGCGAGUCCGCAGGGCGGCAGCCGGCCGGUCAGCCUGUCCGCCGACCACAGCCGCGGCCACCUGUCGUGACCCGGCGACCGACAUCGGAGCCGGCCUCUGACGGGCAGUGCCGACCCGCGCGGCUGUCACGCCCGCUCACCAUGGAGCGCGGCGGCAGCUUCGAGAGCAGCGCCGAGAGCGCCGCCGUGCAGACGGCCACCGGCGGCGGCCAGUCGAGCGUGCAGCGCCAGUCCCGGCACGAGCAGCGCGGCAAUGUCACCAUGAGUGAGCGCAGCCAGAUCGAGUCCGAGGCGGCGCACGAGGCCGGCGUGCAGAGCGCCGCGUCGCGCAGCGUGCAGCAGUUCGACCGGCACGAGAAGGGUGCGCGCCGGCUCGACGGCGGCGGCGUCGAACACUCGGAGGACACCUACAACAAGGUGAACGAGCGCUCCGAGGCGCAGUCGCGCCGCCAGCUGGCCGAUGGAGAGCAGACCAGCCAGUCCAGCUCGGUCAGCAAGAGCGAGAGCCGCCAGACCACGUCCGUGGCCGACCUGGGCGGUGGUGCCACGCAGCGCCAGAGCGUUACCAAGCGCAGCCAGGUCAGUGAGGUCAGCGAGGUCAGUCAGACCAGCAGCUCGAGCCGGGCCGAGCCGCGCCGCCUGGGCACCGGAGGACGCAGCGCUUCGCUGCAGACGGAUCACCUGGACACAUUCAGCACCGCCGGCAGCCGCGCCGCCGCCUCCCCACGCGCCGGCGGCGGCGGCGGGAUCCUGCGGGAGCUGGAGCGGCUGCUGGCGGACGAGGAUCGGUACGAACAGGCGCGCCGCGCCGUCCGCCGAGACGACAGCAGCUCACUGAACGCGCGCAGCGAGCAGAUUCGCCGCGAGGUCGACAACUUGGUCGCCACCUUCUUCGACCGCAAGAGGGACCGCAGCGGGCGCAGCGACUUCUUCGACAGCGCGAGUCGGCGCGCCGAGCAGCUGGCGCGCGAUUUUGCGCGCGACGAUGACGACCCGUGGCGGGAGGAGGAGGCGCGGUGGCGCCGCCAGCGCGAGCUGCGCCGCACCGGCUCCGACGACUUCUUCGAGGACGCCGUGCGGCGCGCCGAGACGCUGGUGCGCGAGAUGCGCGAUCGCAAAGAGCGCCGCCGCCGCGACGAGGAGGACAUCUUCUCCCGGUACGGCGCCGAGAUCGACCAGUUCUUCGGCAGGCGGCAGGACUCAGGCUUCGGCAGUCGCCGCGGCGGCAGUGACAGCUUCCGCAGCGCCUCCGCCUUCGCCGACGACCUGGUGCGCGACUUCCUGCAGGACACGGGCGGCCGCGGCGCUGAGGAUUCCUGGGCCAACCGACACCGGGAGCGCACCGACUCGCACUCGACGAACGUCGACAUUGACGAGGUGCUCUCUCAGGCGUCGACGAUCGGCCGGGAGCGCGCCACGCGGCCGGCCCGACCGAACACGUCCGAGGUGGACAUCGAGGAGCUGUCGGCGUCGUCUCGCCGCUCGCGGACCGCCGGCGCCGACCGGCUGGUCGACGACAUCGUGCGGCAGUUCGCCGCCGACGACUUCGAUGACGAGGAUACGCUGCGGGGCCAGGCGCGCGGCAUGAAUCGCCAGACGAGCAACACGAGCACCCUGGACGAGGCGGCCAGUCUGCGGCCCGACAGCCGCCUGUCCGAGCCGGUCAGUCUGCGGCCCGACAGCCGCCUGUCGGACGUCGAGGAGGAGCUCAGACAGGCGGAGCAGCGUCGACAGACCGAGCUGGCCGAGGAGCAGGCUCAGCAGCAGCGCCGCGAGGCCGAGGCAGAGCGCGAGGAGCGCGAGCGCCGCCGCCAGGAGCGGCAGCAGAGCGCCGAUGCGGAGAAACGUCGGCAGCUAGAGGAACUGGAACUGGUCGAGCAGCAGGCCGAGCGGUUCCGUCAGGAGCGCGAGCAGCGCCGGCAGGAGCGCGCCGCCCAGGAGCUGCAGGCGGACCAGGAGAUGGCGCGCGCGCAGGAGCAGGCCGAGCGGCGGCGGCGCGCGCUCGACAAGGCGCUGGCCGAGCAGAAUGCGGCGAGCUCCACGCAGCAGGAGCAGGUGACCGAAUCCUGCUCCAGACAGGAGUCCGCCACGACCGAGCGCUCGUCCGUCGCAGAAGAACGGUCAUCGCAACGCGAGGAGCAAUCCUCCUCCCGGCACGAGGAGCGUUCCUCCUCGCGUCAUGAGGAGCAGUCAUCUCGCCAGGAGUUUGCGACAGCAGACGAGAAGGGGCAGCGACAGACAGGCCGACAGUCCCACGAAUCGACAUCAGAGUCCGCCGAACGUGUCAGCGAGUCGGCUGCCGGGACGCAGCAGGGCGAGCAGCGAUCAUCGCCAUCCGAGCCGACCGCCGAGCGGGAAGAGACGGGCGAGGGGGCGGCCGAGGCCCGGUCGGAGGCGUCGGCAGCGGCGCUGCGGCGCGCCGAGGAGCUGCUCUUCGGCUUCGUACCCGACUGGGAGCGCGAGGAGCAGCGCUGGUCCAAGGUGCGCACCGAGCGCAUCGCCGAGGCCAGCGGAGACAAGAAGGUGCGCGACCUGAUGGCCGACUACCGGCCGAUGCGUCACACGCGAGACGACGACCUGCGCGCCCAGCGGCUUCACGAGCGCAAAACCGAGGAGUACGAGCACCUGAUGAGCGGCGAUGUGUGGCGCGGCCUCAAGGACGAGUCGCGCGGCGGCCGAGCGCGGCCCGGUGCCGGCGGCGGCGCCGACUCGGUGCUGUCCGAGCUGCGCUCGGCGCGACAGAGUACGGCCAGCAGCGCGCAGACCGCCCGCUCCCAGUUCAGCCAGCGGAAGGCCGAGUCCAUGCGCGAGACGGGCGGCGACCGGUCCGCGGGCCGCGGCUCCAAACUGGACGAGUUCCGCUCUUUUAAGAGCGAGCUCUGGCAGGAUAAGUAGGCGCAGCUGGCGCGAGUGAUUGAAGGACGCAGAUCGCUGUGAAUUAUUAAAUAUCGUGCGCGGAGGGGAUACCCAAUGUCGAGGCUUUCGGCUUAAGGAGAUGGUAGUGCGAUGUUGCGUAUGUUGCUUAACGUUUGUUUUCAGUCUUGCUAAUGCUCUUCAGAGCGGUAACUGCCUGUAAACUGUGAGGUAAAUAGGCCAGUACUACCAGCGAAAUACAUUGAUCUUUUUUCA